AAAUUUCAGGACUCACCUUUAAUGAUAGAGUGUCCGGACAAUGAGAGCAGAGGGAGGGGAAGAUGACCCUCUCACUCUGUUACUCUGCCACCACCACCAAGAUCAAGAAAAUGCAGAGGACUGUAAUCUGAUCAGACGCACAUGGCUGGAGUCAAAAAAGCUAUGGCAAAUAGCGGGCCCCUCCAUCUUCAGCCGCAUCGCCAUGUUCUCCGUCACUGUCAUCACCCAAUCCUUCGCCGGCCACCUCAGUGACCUCGACCUCACCGCCAUCUCCAUCGUCACUACCGUUAUCAUUUCCAUCAGUUUCGGUUUCAUGCUUGGUAUGGCGAGCGCGCUCGAGACACUGUGUGGCCAGGCCUACGGAGCCAAACAGUACCGUAUGUUGGGCAUAUACAUGCAGCGUUCUUGGGUAGUUGUUUUUUUGUGCUCUUUAUUGCUAUUGCCAUUGUUUGUUUUCGCGACGCCAUUGUUUGUUUUCGCGACGCCAUUGUUGAAGCUUAUUGGGCAGACAGAUGCGGUGGCGGAGCAGACCGGAUUGGUGGCUCUGUGGUCGAUUCCGUUUCACUUGAGCUUCCCAUUUCAGAUGACAUUGCAGAGGUUCUUGCAGAGCCAGCUGAAGAUGGGGGUAAUAGCUUGGGUAUCUGGCGGGGUUUUGGCACUCCAUGUGUUUGUUAGUUGGCUUUUUGUGCUUAAAUUGGAGGUUGGGAUAGUGGGGACUACUCUUACUAUUGGUUUCGCUUGGUGGGUAUCAGUUGUGGCAUUGUUUGCAUACACUGUCUGUGGUGGGUGCCCUGAAACUUGGACUGGGUUUGCAGUUCAAGCUUUUUUGGGGCUGUGGGAUUUCUUUAAGCUUGCUGUAGCUUCUGGGGUCAUGCUCUUGUUAGAGAAUUUCUACUAUGCUUGGUCAUAAUGUCUGGAUUUAUGAACAAUGCUGAAAUUUCAAUUGAGGCUCUUUCCAUCUGCAUGACUAUCUAUGCUUGGGAAUCCAUGAUUCCGCUGGGAUCUUUGGCAGCAACUGGGUACGUUACUGGUGAUAUCGUGAGCAUGACUAUCUCUGAAUUUAGGAAUUAGCUGAAAUCUAGGGAAGUGGAGGAGAUCUGUCCAUACUUGUCUCUGGUUUUCAUUUUAAAUUUUUAGGAUGAGUAUUAGGAACAUAGUUUCUUUUUCACAUUAUGCCCACUUCCAGCUCAGUAUAUACGACUGUAAUUUUUCCUAUAUCAGUUUAUGCAAUGCAUGACAUUUUCCAUAGCAACUGUGGACACAAUACUGGUUACUCUACUUAGUACAACAACAACAACAACAACAA